GGUAGCGUGAGGACAGCCUGUGCCCCAGAAGCAGGAUGAGAAGAUGGCAGACUUCCUGUUACCUCGGGUCACCAGCAGCUUCCGCAGGUUCACCCGGGAGUCUCUGGCGGCCAUUGAGAAGCGCAUGGCAGAGAAGCAGGCCCGAGGUUCGGCCGCCUCGCAGGAGAGCCGAGACGGGCUGCCCGAGGAGGAGGUUCCCCAGCCCCAGCUGGACCUGCAGGCCUCCAAAAAGCUGCCGGAUCUCUAUGGCAACCCACCCCAAGAGCUCAUUGGGGAGCCCCUGGAGGACCUGGACCCCUUCUAUAGCACCCAAAAGACCUUCAUCGUCCUGAACAAAGGCAAGACCAUCUUCCGGUUCAGUGCCACCAACGCCUUGUAUGUCCUCAGCCCCUUCCACCCCAUCCGGAGAGCGGCCGUGAAGAUCCUCGUUCAUUCGCUCUUCAGCAUGCUCAUCAUGUGUACCAUCCUGACCAACUGCGUGUUCAUGGCCCAGCGCGACCCUCCACCCUGGACCAAGUAUGUCGAGUACACCUUCACUGCCAUCUACACCUUUGAGUGUCUGGUCAAAAUUCUGGCUCGAGGCUUCUGCCUGCAUGCGUUCACCUUCCUUCGGGACCCGUGGAACUGGCUGGACUUCAGUGUGAUCGUCAUGGCAUACACCACUGAAUUUGUGGACCUGGGCAAUGUCUCAGCUUUACGUACCUUCCGAGUCCUCCGGGCCCUGAAAACUAUAUCAGUCAUUUCAGGCCUGAAGACCAUCGUGGGGGCCCUGAUCCAGUCUGUGAAGAAGCUGGCCGAUGUGAUGGUCCUCACGGUUUUCUGCCUCAGCGUCUUUGCCCUCAUCGGCCUGCAGCUCUUCAUGGGCAACCUGAGGCACAAGUGCGUUCGCAACUUCACGGUGCUCAGCGGCACCAACGGCUCCGUGGAAGCCGACGGCCUGGUCUGGGAAUCGCUGGACCUCUACCUCAACGACCCAGAAAACUACUUGCUCAAGAAUGGCACCUCUGAUGUGUUACUGUGUGGGAAUAGCUCUGACGCUGGGACAUGUCCCGAGGGCUACAGGUGCCUGAAGGCAGGCGAGAACCCUGACCACGGCUACACCAGCUUCGACUCCUUUGCCUGGGCCUUUCUUGCACUCUUCCGACUGAUGACGCAGGACUACUGGGAGCGCCUCUACCAGCAGACCCUGAGGUCUGCAGGGAAGAUCUACAUGAUCUUCUUCAUGCUUGUCAUCUUCCUGGGCUCCUUCUACCUGGUGAACUUGAUCCUGGCUGUGGUUGCCAUGGCCUACGAGGAGCAAAACCAAGCCACCAUUGCUGAGACAGAGGAGAAGGAAAAGCGAUUCCAGGAAGCCAUGGAGAUGCUCAAGAAAGAGCAUGAGGCCCUCACCAUCAGGGGUGUGGACACCGUGUCCCGCAGCUCCUUGGAGAUGUCCCCUUUGGCCGCAGUAAUCUCCCACGAGGGAAGGAGCAAGCAGAGAAAACAAAUGUCUUCAGGGUCGGAGGAGUGUGGGGAUGACAGGUUCCCCAAGUCCGACUCGGAGGAUGGUCCCCGAGCACUGAAUCAUCUCAGCAUCACCCACGGCCUCAGCAGGACCUCCUUGAAGCCACGCUCCAGCCAUGGAAGCAUUUUCACCUUCCGCCGACGGGACGUGGGUUCUGAGACAGAUUUUGCAGAUGAUGAAAACAGCACAGCCGGGGACAGUGAGAGCCACCGCACAUCACUGCUGGUGCCUUGGCCCCUGCGCCGGCCUAGUGCCCAGGGACAACCCAGUCCCAGAACCUCAACUCCAAGCCACGUCCUCAAUGGCAAAAGGGACAGCGCUGUGGACUGCAACGGGGUGGUCUCCUUGCUGGGGGCAGGCGACCCUGAGGCCACUUCCCCAGGGAGCCGCCUCCUCCGCCCUAUGAUGCUGGAGCGCCCUCUGGACACGACCACACCGUCGGAGGAGCCAGGCAGGCCUCAGAUGCUGACCCCCCAGGCUCCGUGUGUGGAUGGCUUCGAGGAGCCAGGAGAGCGGCGGCGAACCCUCAGUGCAGUCAGCGUCCUCACCAGCGUACUGGAAGAGUUGGAGUCUCACCGCAAGUAUCCGCCAUGCUGGAAUCGCUUUGCCCAGCGCUACCUGAUCUGGGAGUGUUGUCCACUGUGGAUGUCCAUCAAGCAGAGAGUGAAGAUCAUGGUCAUGGACCCAUUCGCCGACCUCACCAUCACCAUGUGCAUCGUGAUUAACACACUCUUCAUGGCACUGGAGCAUUACAACAUGACAACUGAAUUUGAGGAGAUGCUGCAGGUCGGAAACCUGGUCUUCACAGGGAUCUUCACAGCAGAGAUGACCUUCAAGAUCAUCGCCCUGGACCCCUACUACUACUUCCAGCAGGGCUGGAACAUCUUCGACAGCAUCAUCGUCAUCCUCAGCCUCAUGGAGCUGGGCCUGUCCCGCAUGGGCAACUUGUCGGUGCUUCGCUCCUUCCGCCUGCUUCGGGUCUUCAAGCUGGCGAAGUCCUGGCCCACCCUGAACACACUCAUCAAGAUCAUCGGGAACUCAGUGGGGGCACUGGGCAACCUGACGCUGGUGCUGGCCAUCAUCGUGUUCAUCUUCGCUGUGGUGGGCAUGCAGCUCUUUGGCAAGAACUACUCAGAGCUGAGGCACCGCAUCAGUGACCCAGGUGUGCUGCCCCGCUGGCACAUGAUGGACUUCUUCCAUGCCUUCCUCAUCAUCUUCCGCAUCCUCUGUGGCGAGUGGAUCGAGACCAUGUGGGACUGCAUGGAGGUGUCUGGGCAGUCGCUGUGCCUGCUGGUCUUCUUGCUUGUUAUGGUCAUUGGCAAUCUCGUGGUCCUGAACCUCUUCCUGGCUUUGCUGCUCAGCUCCUUCAGUGCAGACAACCUCACAGCCCCUGACGAGGACGGGGAGAUGAACAACCUCCAGCUGGCCCUGGCCCGCAUCCAGCGGGGCCUGCGCUUCCUCAAGCGGACCACCUGGGACUUCUGCUGUGGGCUUCUGCAGCGGCGGGCUCGGAAGCCUGCAGCCCUCGCCACCCAGGGCCAGCUGCCCGGCUGCAUCACCACCUCCAGCCCCCCACCACCCUCAGAGACAGAGAAGGCGCUGCCAGCCCGCAAGGAGACACGGUUUGAGGAAGGCCAACGGCCAGGCCAGGGCACACCCGGGGAUCCGGAGCCCGUGUGUGUGCCCAUCGCCGUGGCCGAGUCAGACACGGAUGACCAAGAGGAGGAUGAGGAGAACAGCCUGAGCACAGAGGAAGAGUCCAGCAAGCAGACACAUGAGAACAGUUACUCUGAGGGGAGCACAGCAGACAUGACCAACACUGUUGACCUCCUGGAGCAGAUCCCCGACCUCGGAGAGGACGUCAAGGAUCCAGAGGACUGCUUCACUAAAGGCUGUGUCCAGCGCUGUCCCUGCUGCACCGUGGACACCACGCAGGCCCCAGGGAAGGUCUGGUGGAGGCUGCGCAAGACCUGCUACCGCAUUGUGGAGCACAGCUGGUUCGAGACGUUCAUCAUCUUCAUGAUCCUGCUCAGCAGUGGAGCGCUGGCCUUCGAGGACAUCUACCUGGAGGAGCGGAAGACCAUCAAGGUCCUGCUGGAGUAUGCCGACAAGAUGUUCACCUACAUCUUCGUGCUGGAGAUGCUGCUCAAGUGGGUGGCCUAUGGCUUCAAGAAGUACUUCACCAAUGCCUGGUGCUGGCUCGAUUUCCUCAUUGUGGGUGUCUCGCUGAUCAGCCUGGUGGCCAACGCGCUGGGCUUUGCUGAGAUGGGCCCCAUCAAGUCACUGCGGACCUUGCGUGCGCUCCGACCCCUGCGAGCCCUGUCACGAUUUGAGGGCAUGAGGGUUGUGGUCAAUGCCCUGGUGGGCGCCAUCCCCUCCAUCAUGAACGUCCUCCUCGUCUGCCUCAUCUUCUGGCUCAUCUUCAGUAUCAUGGGCGUGAACCUCUUCGCGGGGAAGUUUGGGAGAUGCAUCAACCAGACUGAGGGAGACCUGCCCUUGAACUACACCAUCGUGAACAACAAGAGCGACUGUGUGUCUUUCAACGUGACUGGUGAAUUGUACUGGACCAAGGUGAAAGUCAACUUUGACAACGUGGGGGCCGGGUACCUGGCCCUUCUGCAGGUGGCAACAUUUAAAGGCUGGAUGGACAUCAUGUAUGCAGCUGUGGACUCCAGGGGGUAUGAAGAGCAGCCCCAGUGGGAAUACAACCUCUACAUGUACAUCUACUUUGUUAUUUUCAUCAUCUUCGGGUCUUUCUUCACCCUGAACCUUUUCAUCGGUGUCAUCAUUGACAACUUCAACCAACAGAAGAAAAAGUUAGGGGGCCAGGACAUCUUCAUGACAGAGGAGCAGAAGAAGUACUACAAUGCCAUGAAAAAGCUGGGCUCCAAGAAGCCCCAGAAGCCCAUCCCACGGCCCCUGAACAAGUACCAGGGCUUCAUAUUCGACAUUGUGACCAAGCAGGCCUUCGAUGUCACCAUCAUGUUUCUCAUCUGCUUGAACAUGGUGACCAUGAUGGUGGAGACAGAUGACCAGAGCCCUGAGAAGGUCAACAUCUUGGCCAAGAUCAACCUGCUCUUCGUAGCCAUCUUCACAGGCGAAUGUAUCGUCAAGAUGGCUGCCCUGCGCUACUAUUACUUCACCAACAGCUGGAACAUCUUUGACUUCGUGGUUGUCAUCCUCUCCAUCGUGGGCACUGUGCUCUCAGACAUCAUCCAGAAGUACUUCUUCUCCCCAACGCUCUUCCGAGUCAUCCGCCUGGCCCGGAUUGGCCGCAUCCUCAGGUUGAUCCGCGGGGCCAAGGGCAUUCGCACGCUGCUCUUUGCGCUCAUGAUGUCCCUGCCCGCCCUCUUCAAUAUUGGGCUGCUGCUCUUCCUGGUCAUGUUCAUCUACUCCAUCUUCGGCAUGGCCAACUUCGCCUACGUCAAGUGGGAGGCUGGCAUUGAUGACAUGUUCAACUUCCAGACCUUCGCCAACAGCAUGCUCUGCCUCUUCCAGAUCACCACGUCGGCAGGCUGGGAUGGGCUCCUCAGCCCCAUCCUCAACACGGGGCCUCCCUACUGCGACCCCACCCUGCCCAACAGCAACGGCUCCCGGGGGAACUGCGGGAGCCCCGCCGUGGGCAUCCUCUUCUUCACCACCUACAUCAUCAUCUCCUUCCUCAUCGUGGUCAACAUGUACAUCGCCAUCAUCCUGGAGAACUUCAGUGUGGCCACGGAGGAGAGCACGGAGCCCCUGAGCGAGGAUGACUUCGACAUGUUCUAUGAGAUCUGGGAGAAGUUUGACCCGGAGGCCACCCAGUUCAUUGAGUAUUCGGCCCUGUCCGACUUUGCUGACGCCCUGUCUGAGCCGCUCCGAAUCGCCAAGCCCAACCAGAUAAGCCUCAUCAAUAUGGACCUGCCCAUGGUGAGCGGGGACCGUAUCCACUGCAUGGACAUCCUCUUUGCCUUCACCAAGAGGGUCCUGGGCGAGUCUGGGGAGAUGGACGCCCUGAAGAUCCAAAUGGAGGAGAAGUUCAUGGCGGCCAACCCGUCCAAGAUCUCGUACGAGCCCAUCACCACCACACUCCGGCGCAAGCACGAGGAGGUGUCGGCCUCGAUCAUCCAGCGGGCCUUCCGCAGGCACCUGCUGCGGCGCUCCAUGAAGCACGCCUCCUUCCUCUUCCGCCAGCAGGCGGGCGGCAGCGGCCUCUCCGAGGAGGAUGCCCCCGAGCAGGAGGGCCUCAUCGCCUACAUGAUGAACGAGAACUUCUCCCAGCGCCUUGUCCCGCCCUCCAGCUCCUCCAUCUCCUCCACGUCCUUCCCACCCUCCUACGACAGCGUUACCAGGGCCACCAGCGAUAACCCCCAGGCGCGGGCAUCUGACUACAGCCCCAGCGAAGAUCUCGCGGACAUCCCCCCGUCCCCAGACAGGGACCGUGAAUCUGUCGUGUGAGCGUGCCCCGGUGGGCCAGCGCACAGCGUCAUGGCAAACCCAAAUGCAGCCCCAGACCAGCAGCCGUUGGGCCAUCUGUCCUUGCUUUGGGCUUCAGGAGUGAGAGAUGAGCCUCAGCCCCAUGGACCGACAAGGCAGAGCCCUGUGCACCAUGCUGAUGCCUGGAAGCAUUUGGCUACGCCAGCCAUUCGGGGUGGCCUGUCCCUAGAGGCCCCAAGUGUACCAGUCCUGGCGGAAGGUUCUGGUCAGGCAACACCCCAGGGCCCUGACAAGCAACUCCAUCCCAGCUGCUGAGACAAAAUACAAAACUGAGACUGUAGGUGUUGUGAAUGGGCUUUCAUAAAUUUAUUAUAUUUGAUAUUUUUUUACUUGAGCAAAGAACUAACUUUUUUCAUGGACGGAUCGGCAGCAAUUCCCGCUGCCUCUUCUUAACUCUGCACAAGAGUGUCUAUGGAGCUGCUGGGACUCUGUUGUCAAAGCAAAAGUGAAAUCCAGUGUGGGUCCCACAGGCCUUCACUGCCCAGGGGUUGGGCUAAGGUGCCAAGAGGGCUGAACCCCUUCCCCUUCAUGCGUGUGCACGCUCCCAUACACACAGAGGCCAGACACAGGCCACGUGUGGCCUGGGCUCCCCGAGGUGAGCACCAGGCAGCCUCUUCUGCCCUAGCCUAAGGGAGACAGGCCUUUCCUCCCGGCCCCCAUGGGUGGGAUUCUUGUCAGCCGGGGCUCAUCCUGGCCUUCCAUUGUACCCAAGGUCCAUUUUCCCCUUGUAUUUUUAUGCAGGCCACCCUGGGGUCAGUUCUACAGAUACAACAAGCUUCCAGAAGAGAGUGUCCCGGGUCCCAGGGCUGGUCCUCGGCACUGAUGUUGCCUUUCUUCCCUGGAGAGCGUGGCCUCUGUUAGUGUAUUAACGUUAAACGAAGGGCCUGAGGGAGGAGCCCCACUCACUUCCUGCCACCCAGCUUGUCCUUGCUGCCCAGCCUGGCCGGCCCUGCCCCACAGGCGAGGAAGAGAAGGCUGAGCCCGUGGGGUUAGGGCUGAGAAACACAACAGCCCUCAGAGCGGGGGCCCCUGGCCCAUGUGGAGAAGGGAGUCUGUUGUCAUCACCCAGGCUCUCUCUCCGGACCUUUCUGCCUCUGCCCAGCUGUGAGGGGAUGCCCGUGUGGCCUCCAGCUCCUCUCCAGAUGCAGUGGCAUGGGAGUGGGGAGGGCUGUUCGGGCCCUGUGCAGAGAAGGGGCCUCAGGCCCAGUCCCUGUGCCCUGGGAGGGGAAUGGACCCCAGGCCCCCUGGGAAAGGGAGUAGUGUGACCCUGGACCAGCCCCUCCCGCUCAGCCCAGGGUCCUGGUGGCACCCGCAUGCAGGACCUUCUGGGGCAGCGGCCAGGCUGCCCUUGGUCUUGUGAGCAGGCCUUUUCAGGGAAAAAUACUUUUUCUAGUCCAAUUACCACCCCCAGGGCCUCUUCAGCUGCUGACAAUCCUACUUAGCAUAUGCAAAUCUUUUAAUGUAGAGAACUGUCACCCUGAGAGUGACAGUGGUGGCUGGUGGAGCCUGUGCAGGCAGGGGCUCGGCUGCCCAAAUCCGCUCUCCAGCAAAGCCGCCCUCCACCCGGCGGCAGCCACCUCUCAGGGCAGCCCGGGAAGCCAGAAGCUGGCUGUCCUAACCUACCUCGCCGAGCCGUCAGGGAGCUGGCCGUGGGGAGCUAAGGGGACACUGCCGGCGAGACAAGUAUUAUGUUUCUUCUUGUCACCUGAGUUCCCUUGGUGGCAGCCCCAGCCUCCACCCCCUUCCACCCCAGUGAUUUCUCUUCUCCCAUGUUCCCUUUGAGUCCAGCGUGGGAUGUGGUUUUUAACUGUCCCAGCGACACUUCUCUGAGUGGAAAUCUUAUUUUUGUAGCUCUCUGUGCUGUGCUCUUAAGGCUUGGAGAGGUGUGUGCCCUCCCUGGCACCUGGCACCCAGAGCCUGCUGCAUGGACGGGGAUGAGGCUGGGAGGCCGGCCGGCCUGCAGGCCCAGCUGACCAGAAGGCAACUGGGGUUUUAUAUGUGGGGACAGCCUGGGAGCCUGAGGCAGGUGCCCGGGGCCGGCCGCUGACAGACGACACUGGCUGCACCAAGUGCCAGCCGUUGUCUGAACUACCCAAGCACUUCUCACCAAACUUCGUGCGUAAAUAAGAUACAUAUUUUUAAAACAAACCAAUAAAUGGC